CAUAAACAAAACAUUCAAAAAAAUGUUCACAGUCAGAAGUUCAAUUUUAAAAACAUUAAUUUCAAGUAAUUUUAGUAAAUUUAAGUAUUUUUCCACACUCAACAAUGAAAUUAAAGUCUGUAUAGUUGGUGGUGGUGCUGCUGGAUUCUAUUCAAGCCAAUACCUCUUAAAACAUCUUCCAAAUACACAAAUUGAUGUGAUUGAGAAACUGCCAGUUCCUUUUGGCCUCGUUCGUUAUGGAGUUGCCCCUGACCAUCCAGAAGUUAAAAAUGUCAUUAACACAUUCAAUAAAACAGCACAACAUCCGAACUUUAAAUAUUAUGGAAAUGUAAGUUUGGGCAAAGAAGUGACACUGGAUGAAUUAAGGAAGGCUUACAACAUUGUUGUAUUAUCUUAUGGAUCAGAAAUUGACACUUUGCUGAACAUUUCUGGCGAGGAUAAGAAGAAUUUUAUGUCAGCUCGUGAGUUUGUUGGCUGGUACAAUGGAACGCCUGGAUUAGAGGAACUAAACCCUGACUUGUCAGGCGAGGAAGUUAUAUUAAUAGGCAAUGGAAAUGUGGCAAUCGAUGUAGCUAGAAUUCUUUUGACACCUGUUGACAUACUUAAGAAAACAGACAUAACGGAAUAUUCAAUUGAGGCAUUAUCAAGAAGUAAAGUAAAAAAAGUUUAUAUGGUAGGUAGACGUGGUCCAUUACAAGCUGCUUUUACAAUAGCUGAACUACGUGAAAUGCUUAAAAUUCCAAAUGUACAGACAAUUUGGAGAAGUGCUGAUUUUGAAGGAAUCACAUCAGAUACUGUCACUUCACUUCCAAGACCAAAGAAGAGAAUUACUGAAUUAAUGCUUAAAAGUCUUCAGGAAGCUCCUAAGGCUUCGUCUGAUGAUAAGCAGUUCCUUCCAAUAUUUUUCCGGUCCCCAAUUCAAAUUAACGGCGAUUCUCAAGUAGAAUCAAUUGACUUUUCUCAUACCGUACUCAAAAAUGACAGAGCUAUAGCCACAAAUGACGUAGAAAAAAUUACGGGUCAAUUAGUUUGUAGAAGUAUUGGAUAUAAAGCCACAAGUGUGGAUCCAUCGAUUAAUUUUGACGAUAAAAAUGGACGUGUUGUUAAUAAGCAUGGACGGGUAUUAAUGAAAGAUUCAACAGAGAUUGAUAAAGGAUUGUACGUAGCUGGAUGGCUUGGAACUGGGCCUUCUGGAGUUAUUUUAACGACCAUGAACAAUGCUUUCCAAAUAUCACAGACAAUCAUAGACGAUAUUAAGAAUGGAGAACUGAAUUGUGAUGAGAAAAAACCUGGAUUUGAUUAUUCUAAGUUUAGAGCAGUUACUUGGGAUGACUGGAAGAAGAUUGAUGAAAAGGAAGUUGAGUGUGGUAAGAAACUUGACAAGCCUAGAGAAAAAAUUGUUUCUGUUGAUGAAAUGUUGAAAUUAAUUUAAUAAAAUCGACUAUUUUGUUGUUGCUGU